AUGGAAAAUCAGACUAAGAUUCGCGUAAUUUUUAUUACAAAAGAAAAAGAAAUUGAAGUUGAAAAUACACCUAUUUUUGUACCACUUUCAUUGAACCCUUAUGGAUUAAACGAAGUAAUCAAUCAUCUUUUAGAAAAAGAUCCACCUAUAAAUUUUGCGUUUUUAGUUGAUGGAGAAUUUUUGCAAGAAUCAUUAGGAGAAUAUUUGGCAAGAAAACAACAAACAUGUGAAACAACUUUAUCAAUAGAAUAUAUUCGUUCGAUAUUAGCACCUAAAUAUGUUUCGUCAUUUCUACAUAGUGACUGGGUAUCAUGCGUUAAAUCAGUGGAUUCAAAAAAAAUACUUUCAGGAUGUUAUGAUGGAAUAUCAAGGCUAUGGAAUGAGGAUGGAGAAAUUAUUACAGAAACUUUGAGUCAUGAUGGACCAGUUAAAUCUGUUUGCUGGGUCGAAAAUGAACGAUUUGCUACAUCAAGUAUGGAUCAAACAAUUAAAAUUUGGAGAUUAAAGAAAAAAAAGAAUACAAUUAUAACAUGUCACUGUGUUUUUGAAAUGAAAGGGCAUGCAAUGUCAGUUGAAUCAAUUGCAGUUAAUUUGCAAACGAACCGACUUUUAAGUUCAGGAGCAGAUGGAAACAUUGGGAUUUGGGAUAUUGAGGAAAAUGAUUGGGUAAUAGAUGAGGAAAAAUCGAUUAAAAAAAGAAAAAGAAAUGAAUUAAGUGACAAAAUAAUAACGAAAAAACCUAUUUACAUGAUACAAGGUCAUUCAUCAUCUUGUUCAGAAAUUAUUUUUGAUAGUAAGGAUUGUACAGUGGGAUAUUCUGUUGGCACAGAUCAUUCUAUUAAAACGUGGGAUUUAAUUACAUUUUCUAAUGUAGAUAACAGGGUAACACAGCAUGCCCUAUUUUCAAUAUGUUGUAUACCUUCUAUGUCGUUGUUAGCAUGUGGUUCAUCAUCUCAACAUAUACUUCUUCAUGAUCCAAGAAUUUCUUUAAAAUCUACACCCGUACAAACAUUAAAAGGACAUACAAAUUUUGUAGUAUCAUUAUCGUCAUGCGAUAGAAAUAAUUAUGUUCUUAUAAGUGGUAGUUAUGAUAGUUUGGUUAAAAUAUGGGAUAUACGAGUACCUAACGGGAGUUUAUAUUCAAUUAAACGUCAAAGUGGAAAAAAAAAUACAAAAGUAUUUAGUAUUGAUUGGAGUAAUAUUUUUGGUAUUAUAAGCGGCGGAGAAGAUCGUUGCCUACAAAUUGAUCAAAUAAACGAUUUAUAA